AUGGACACGAGGCACCUUACCCAUCCUUCCUCAUCAAUGUCUAGACAGCCAGACCAUGAAGUGUUCCUGAGUUUUAGAGGGCCAGACACGCGCUGUGGCUUUGCGGAUUUCCUGCACGCCAUGUUGACUAAGGCUGGAAUUCUCGUAUUUAGGGAUGAGGAAGACCUGGAGAGAGGCGAAGAAAUCUACCCCCAGCUGAUCCAGGCGAUUGAGCAGUCCAUGAUAUCAAUACCCGUCAUCUCCCAGGGUUACGGGUCCAGCAAGAGCUGCCUCAUGGAAUUGGACCAAAUGCUUAAGUGCAAGGACGAGAAGAAUCACAUCAUCAUCCCCGUCUUCUUCCGUGUUGAGCCGUCGGAUGUACGCCACUGCACGGGCCCUUUCCAGAGUGCCGCGCAUGAACACAGGGAGCGCGGCAGAGAUGGCACGUUGGUUAAUCACUGGAUCUCUGCCCUCCAUCGGAUUGGAGACUUGAAGGGACACUAUCUCCACGAAAAUUUUAGAGGGUAUUAUGGCGAAGUCAUAAGGCAAAUUGUCCAAGAAGUUGAGCGGAAGCUGAAGAAGAGGGACCUAACUGUGCCGGAACAAUUAGUCGGAGUCGAUCCUCAUGUGCGAGAGAUAAUGGCAAAGCUGAAGGUUGAAUACCACGACGGGCAAGCGGUUAAAAUUGGAGACACAUGUGAAAAGUUGUUAAUACAUGGCAUCCCCGGGGUUGGAAAGACGGUCCUGGCGAAAUAUGUUUAUAAUCAACUUCAUCAUCAGUAUGAUGCCUGUAGCUUUCUUGACAAGUUCCAAGAAGAAAUUAGAAAUCAUCGCAUCGUGUCUGUGCUAAACAGACUAAUUUCUGACGUCCACAGGGGAUCAACCCAAAGGUACAAUUGUUCUGACCAUGCUCUGAAACAUAUUCAAACCAGGUUUUGCGCCAUGAAGGUCCUUCUUCUCCUUGACGAUGUGAAGGAUCAUGAACAGCUCAAAGCAUUAGUCGGAGAGCUUGAUUGGUUGGGCCCAGGGAGCACGGUCAUCGUGACAUCCCGAAGAUGUGAUGUCCUUCAAAAAGUCAAUGGUGCAGAAAAUUACGUCCUUGGAUCGAUGAAAAAAGAUGAAGCUCUGAAGUUAUUCUGUUGGCAUGCUUUUAAAAUGUUUUCUCCCCCUCAGGAAUUCAAGGAGCGGUCAACAAAUAUCGUUGCUGCUACUGACGGGCUUCCUUUGGUGCUCGAGAAGGUUGGUGAGUUUCUGUUCGGAAAAAGUAAAAACGUGUGGGAGGAAAAACUGAUGAAGUUGGAAGAAGCUCCCGAUAAGAGCGUCCGAGAAGCCUUCCUUGAGAGCUAUAUCACCCUCGAAGAGAAUGAACAGCAGAUAUCUCUUGAUAUAGCUUGCUUCUUCAACGGAAAGGACAAGAGAAUCCCCUAUCACAUGUGGCAUGACCUUAAGUUUUAUCCUACACUAUCAAUUAAAUCUCUUCGUGCCAUGUCUUUGGUAGAAAUCGGAGAGGAUAAAGAACUACGCAUGUGUGAAAUACUGAAGACCUUUGGCAGGGAAAUUGUCAAGAACGAAAACAAGAGGGAACCUUGCAAGCGUAGUAGGCUGUGCAACCACAAAGAAGCACUGGAUGUACUAAAAAAAGGGAAGGGCACUGCCUACGUUGAAGCCCUCGGGCUGGAGUUUGGUGAUGGAUAUGAAAAGAAUGUCAGUUUAGUAUGUAAUAAAUUUGAUGGUUUACAGAACUUGAGGUUCCUCAAGCUGGAUAAGGCCAAUAUUCGGGGAAACUUUCGGAAUUGUUUUCAGAGCUUAAGGUGGCUUGAUUGGCAAGGGUGCCCUAAGAUUUUUAAGGGUCGUUUAAAUCUGAAUUUGCAAAACCUGGUGAUUCUUGAUUUGUCGGGAAGUCAGGUUCAUGUAGACUGGAGUGGUUGGGAGCUACUCGCGAAGGGAAUGAAAGUGAAAGUUUUGAAUCUAACAGGUUGUGUCCAGUUGACAGCCACGCCAACGUUUCCUCCUUCAAUGGAGCUGGAAAGACUCAUUCUGGAAGGUUGCUCUAAUUUAGCAGUUAUCCAUCCAUCGGUUAGUAAUCUGGAGAAGUUGGUUUCUUUGAACAUGAAGGGAUGCAGUCUCCUCCAUGAAUUGCCAGAUUUGGGUCCCAUGAGAGGCUUGAAAGAGCUAGUGAUUGAUGGAACUUCCAUUUCUCGGAUUAAUGUCCAAGAAGGUUCCAUGAAGAUUCUCAAAUUUCUCAGUGCCCGAAAUUGUAAAAACUUGACUGAAGUAUCCGAUUCAAUCAGGUACUUAGAGUCUCUCAAAUAUCUUUCUCUCAAUGGCUCUAAAAUCGGCACCCUGCCAGAGUCUAUUGGAUCGCUUGAGGAACUGAAGACACUGUCUCUAACGAACUGCCAGAGGCUAUCUGAUCUUCCUGAUGGGAUAGGAGGGCUCCGCUCACUGCAAUUCCUAGAUUUAUCUUACACUGCGAUUAAGAAGUUGCCUACGUCAGUCGAGAAUUUGAAAGCUAUGGAAGUGCUUAGGAUGAGGGGUACUUUCAUACAGGAGUUACCUGAAACAAUUUUGAAUCGAGAGAAGCCGGUAGAGAUAGAUUUCUCGUUAUGCCAGGAAUUAGAGGGGGAGAUCCACUUCGACAUUGAAAGAUCGUCAUCUUUGGCAAUCAUGAACCUAAGAUAGAUUUCUCCAUGUAUCUCCCGUCUUUCUCAUCUCCGGGAACUCCACAUCUCCAGAUGCAACAAUCUACAGAGCGUUCCCAAGUUGCCCUGUUUGGUUAAUGUUUUUUCAUGAUCUGGGUAAAUAGAUUCCAGACAAUAUUUUAAGAGAUUUUAUUUACUUCUUUUAAUAUCUUUCCGACAAUUUUUUAUUAGUGAAUAAUUAGGA